GCUUUUCCCCCCGGAGUAUGAGCCGCUUCCCAAGAAUGUGAAGCUCUACUAUGAUGGGAAGCCCGUCGACUUGCACGUCGAGGCUGAGGAAGUGGCGACCUUUUUUGGUUCCAUGCUUCACUCGACCCAAAACGUUGAGAACCCUGUGUUCCAAAAGAACUUCUUCAAUGACUUCAAGGACAUACUGAAGAAGACGGGCGGCGCCAAGGAUCAGAACGGAAAACCCGUCGACAUCAAGGAGUUCAAGAAGCUUGACUUUACCAAGAUCUUUGAGCACUACAAGGGACUCAGUGAUGCCAAGAAGGCGCGUCCCGCCGCCGAAAAGAAGGCUGAGAAGGCCGAGAAGGAGAAGAUGGAGGCGCCCUACAUGUACUGCAAGUGGGACGGCCGAAAAGAAAAAGUGGGCAACUUCCGCGUCGAACCGCCGGGUCUCUUCCGUGGCCGGGGCGAGCAUCCAAAGACUGGCACUGUCAAAAAGCGAGUCAUGCCCGAGCAAAUUACCAUCAACAUCGGCAAGGAGGCCAAAGUUCCCGACCCCCCUCCAGGUCACAAGUGGAAAGCCGUUCAGCAUGACAACAAGGCGACUUGGCUGGCGAUGUGGCAGGAGAACGUCAACGGCAAUUACAAGUAUGUGAUGUUGGCGGCCAACAGCACCAUCAAGGGCCAAGCCGACUUCAAGAAGUUCGAGAAGGCCCGCGAGCUCAAGAAGCACAUUGACCGCAUCCGCGCCGACUACACGAGGGAGCUUAAGAGUGAGGUCAUGGCAGAUCGGCAGCGGGCCACAGCCAUGUACUUGAUCGACAAGUUCGCCCUCAGAGCCGGUAACGAAAAGGACACUGAAAAUGAGGCCGAGACGGUUGGCUGCUGUUCCUUGAAAUUCGAGCAUGUCACUCUCAGAGAGCCCAACACGGUCAUCUUCGACUUCCUGGGUAAAGACAGUAUUCGGUUCUACAACGAGUUCGUUGUGGACCGCCAAGUCUUCAAGAAUCUGAAGAUGUUCAAGAAACCCCCCAAGGAGGAUGGAGACGACAUCUUUGACAGGUUGACCGUACGUUUCGAAACUCUUCUUCCCGAGCAGCAGACCUUGCCCGCUGACAUGACCUGCAGACCUCGCAAUUGAACAAGCAUCUCUCGAGCUACAUGCCUGGCCUCACGGCAAAGGUCUUCCGUACCUACAACGCUUCCUGGACCAUGUCGCAACUUUUGAAGAAGCUCAAGGUGGAAGACCGGACCAUAGCUGAGAAGAUCAAGCUUUACAAUGACUGCAAUCGCGAAGUCGCCAUCCUCUGCAACCAUAAGCGAACCGUCGGCGCUAGCCACGAAGCGCAGAUGGAGAAGCUUGGGGACCGCAUCAA